AACGUUUAGUUUUUUACCUCCAACAAACAAAGAAGAUAUACGAAACAAUACAUUAUCUGACUUAAUUUUCUGCAGAAUGGCUUCUACAUUUAGAAAUAUGAUGUCUUUUCUGUUUGUGGUUGUAGCAUUGUCCCUUACCGUUAGCACAACCAAUGCCUUAAUGCCGUACACGAGAACCCUUUGGGACAUGAUGCUCCAAUCUGAUGAUCCCUUCAGAAUUCUGGAGCAAACCCCACUCAACAUCCCCAAAGGCCUUGAAACUCUGGCUUUGGCGCGUGCUGACUGGAAGGAAACCUCGUCUGCACAUGUUAUAGCUCUGGAUGUUCCGGGGUUGAAGAAAGAUGAUAUAAAGAUCGAGGUGGAAGAUAACAGGGUGUUGAGGAUCAGUGGGGAGAGAAAGGCAGAGGAGGAGGUUGAUGGUGAGAAAUGGCACAGAGCUGAGAGGACUAAUGGCAAAUUCUGGAGGCAAUUCAGAAUGCCAGGCAAUGCAGACUUGGAUCAUAUUAAGGCACAUCUUGAAGAUGGGGUGUUAAGAAUCAUGAUGCCCAAGAUUGCUGAGGACAAGAAAAGACAGCCUAAAGUUAUUAACAUUGCUCAACAAGAAUCUAAUGCCGAGGAUAUCAAAGCUACCAAGGCUGCAGUGUGAUCUGAAUCAAUAAUAUUCAGCUGUUUCGUUUCAACUUUUUUUUUUUUGUUCCCCCCUUCACGUGGAGUGAAUAAAUUACAUGUUGAUCUUGGAUAUAAGAGUGAAUGAAGUUGCUUCUAUUGUAUCUAAUUACAAGUUAGUUUCGUAUGUGGUGUCUAAUACAAUAAACUCUUUUUAAAGUACUAAGAUGGCUCCUGCAAAUCAUUGUCCACUUUUGUUCUCUUAACGUUGCAUUAUAUUAGAAGUGUUAACGAUGCCCAGCAUCUCCAAACCUUUC